UCCGGCCUUUGUGUUUAAAGUGUCUUAGGGUGGUCCCCAGCCUCGGGGAGCCCCCGGUGGUCCUGAUGAGAUCGCUGCUGCUGGGCGAGCUGCGGCUGCUGGAGAUGCACGUGGGCCAUGGAGACGGUUAUUUACCCGGAGCCUGGGCAUCUAAUUAGUGGCAACACUUGUAGAGAAAAUACCUCUCCACCCGUUACCAACUGGAACCUGCCGCAGAUCCCUCAGGGAGGGGCGAAGGCCUCAUGAGCCCUCCCACACGGAGUACUGACAGGUCCAGUCUUCUGCAGGCCGCGUGCGUUUCAUCCAUCACAGCUACUGACAUUUUGGGUGCAAGGGCCACGUCAGAAGAGUCAGAGACAGCCCCUGCCCCCACUGCUAGGCGUCCCACAAGAACACCACGCUACACAAUCAUAACCUACACAAUCAUAACCUACGUGCGGCAGAGGACCUGGGUGUCCCUUCAGGGUCUGUGUGCCUCCGCGAACCCUCAUCGGUUGGUUCUGUGGGCCACGGAACACUUAGGCCUGAAGCUGGCCUGUCAACCUGUUAGCUGUGUAUGGGGUCACUGAUUCAAGUCACUAGAAUCCAUACUGGCUGGAUGCACUGUAAACUUCUUCCCGGAGUCAACAAACAGCAGUCUCCGCUUUUCAAGAGUUGAUUCUUGUAGCAGAGGAGGAAUUCUUCUCAGAGACCUCUGCCCUGGUAGAGCUGGCAUGCCUUAUCACAAAAAAAAGGAACUUCUGGAUGGGCCAGGGUGAAGCCGACUUAGGAUUUGCUAGGAAGAGGUUUUCACCUGGACUUGAGCGUGAAGGUUAAUGGAAGCAGGUUCUCAGAAGGGGGACGGUGCAUCCGUGUGUGAGUGCAGAGUUCUUCACAGUCUCCGGUGAUUACUGUACGGUAAAAAAGUUACUUAUAAGACACCAGUGCCGUCUGAACGUGCAUCUCAAAGGGUUGCUGAAGACGUUAAAGGAGAUCUUGGGCUAGUUCCUGAGAUGAGGACCAGUUGACUUUCAGCGAUGUGGCCAUUGAUUUCUCCCCGGAUGAGUGGGAAUGCCUGGACCCUCCGCAGCAGACUCUGUAUAGGGACGUGAUGUUGGAGAACUACAGAAACCUGGUGUCUGUGGCCCUUUCUCAUCAUUGUUCCCAGAACUUUCCACCAGAACAGACCCUAAAAUAUUCCUUUAAAAGAGCAACUAAUGGAAGACUCGGAAGUCACGGCCUUAAGAGUUUAAGAAAUUGGGCAGAAGCAGAUGAGAAUCGAGGUCAAACAGCCUGCCGUGGUGGACAUAACGAAUGGGUGCCCACCAGCAGUAGCAAGGGUGUCACUGACAACAGAGACCAAGAACAGAAAACAUCUGCGAAAAGAACUCGUGCUAGGGCAGGCGCUUUCAGCAAGACACGUAUCAGCAAACGAAAGACUCCUCGGGACACUUUUCAGCGUAACUUAACUUUGAAAAGAAGUUUGGAAGAUCUGAAAGAGGGAUUAAUCUUGCACUCAGACAUCUCCAUAGACAAAGAACCAAGAAACCGAGAACCAGUCUCUAUAACUGAUCAGGUAGAGACCUCCAAUCCCGAAAGAUCCUUACUCUUCAGUCAGCAAGUAGAUCUUUCCUACGGCCAGAUGCACAGUUCUAAUGACUGUGGAUUGCUUGCCACGGCUCCAGAGAAAUCUGGUCAGUGUAACAAAGUACAUAACAACUUUGACCAUGGCUCAAGUCCCAACAAACAUUACUGUGCUCUGUUUCAAAAGAACGUUUUCAGUUAUGAAAAUUUAUUUUCCCAGGACUCAAAGCUUACUGUCCAUCAAUGUAACUAUAUUCAAGAUAAUCAUUACAAUCAUAUAGACUGUGAGUCAACACUUAAUCAAACCUCGAACCUGACUACACAUAAAAUUCAGUAUGCCCAGAAAUCCUACAAAUGUAAUGUAUGUGGCAAAACCUUUAAGUAUUGCUCAAGUUACAGUAAACACAGCAUCGUUCACACGGGAGAAAAACCCUACAAAUGUAAAUUAUGUGGAAAAUCCUUUACCCAGUGUACAAGCCUUAAAAAACAUCAGAGAAUCCACACCGGAGAGAGACCGUACACGUGUGAAGAGUGUGGCAGAAGCUUCAACCACUGCUCAAUUCUUAGUCAGCACCAGAGAAUCCACACCGGAGAGAAACCCUACAAGUGCAAACAGUGUGGGAAAUCCUUCACCCAGUGUGCAAGCCUCAGAAAGCACGAGGUAAUCCACACCGGAGAGAAGCCCUACAGAUGUGCCGAAUGUGGCAAAGCCUUUACCCAAAGCUCAACACUUAGUGAACACCAGAGAAUCCACACCGGAGAGAAACCGUACAAAUGCGAACAGUGUGGGAAGUCCUUCACCCAGUGUUCAAGCCUCAGGAAGCACCAGAGAACCCACACCGGAGAGAAGCCCUACAAAUGUGGGGUAUGCGGCAAAGCCUUCAGCUGCCGUUCAUCUUUUACUAAGCACCAGAGGAUUCACACGGGAGAGAAACCUUACAGGUGUAAAGAGUGUGGCAAAGCUUUCAUCCACUGCACGAACCUUACUCAGCACCAGAGAAUCCAUACAGGAGAGAAACCCUACAGAUGUGAUGAGUGUGGGAGAUGCUUUAGUCAGUGUUCAAACCUCAGAAAGCAUCAGAGGAUCCAUAUACAUGAGUAAAACCAGCAGAUGGGAACAAUGUAGUAAAUCUGUACCCACAGUCAAAA